CAGUUCUGUCUCAGAGGCGAACUCGCUGCGUGUGUAUGCGUGUCUCAGCUAGGCCAGAGAGUGAUGGCGGCGCCCGUCCUGAGAGUGUCCACCCCUCGGUGGGAAAGAAUAGCUAGGCUUCUCGUUUGCCUGCUGGGAAUAUUAUUGUCUCUAUAUGCUUUUCACGUCGAGAGGGAAAAGGGACGGGACCCGAGUUACACGGCCAUGUGCGACAUCAGCAGCUCCAUCAGCUGUUCAAAAGUGUUCAGCUCAAGGUGGGGUCAAGGAUUUGGACUCUUGGGCUCAAUUUUUGGAAAUGACAGUGCACUGAACCAACCCAACAGUGUCUAUGGGAUUGUCUUUUAUGCCUUUCAGCUUUUACUAGGAAUGACUGUCAGUGCAAUGGCCGCCCUUUUUCUCAUGACGACAUCCAUCUUGUCGGUGGUGGGCUCGCUCUACCUGGGCUACAUCCUCUACUUUGUCCUAAAGGACUUCUGCAUCAUCUGCAUCACCACAUACGCUCUGAACUUCAUUCUCUUUAUUCUCAACUACAAGCGACUGGUUUACUUGAACGAGGCCUGGAAGCAGCAGCUCCAGGCCAAGCAGGACUAAGCUGUCGAGAGAAAGGCGAGAAAAAUACAAAACAACAACAAAAAAGAAAGAAAUAAAAAAAAAAGAAAUGUGACCUCUGAACAUUUGACUUGCCACCAGGAGACCUUGCUUCCAAACAAUGUUUAUUCUGCUGUGUGUUUAAAAAAAAGAAGAAAUUUAACUUAAAUGUUGGGCCUGACAUCUCAAUGUUGAUUGCAAACACUGAAGGAUUUGUAAGUGAAAGUUUUUUUUUCUUUUUUGUUCUUUCUCCUUGGUUAAUGUUAUACUCACUAAAGGGGCUGUGUGUGUGGGGAAAGACCAUCGCAAUCAGGUUGCGCCAGAAGGCCACAACACACACGGAGAGCAGCUCUCAUUUGAACAAAAAGGAUCGCAGAGUGGAGCUAAAAGAAAA